CUGCCUUGCAGAAGCUUGCCUCAAUGAAAAAAUAUCAACCCGGACAUCUUGCAGUCUCUCUCUGCAGAAAAGAAGUUGGUUCAGCUUCUGAAGUACUGUUCUAAGCGUGGCGACUUGUAUUUGUUGCUCAUCAUCUUAAGAUGGCAGGAUCCGUGGUCGUUUUUGCCGGCUUAUGCAUUGCGAUCCAAAUUUUCUCAGGACUUGCUGAUAAGCUGUCCUUGAGCAUCGAUUGCGGAGCUCCGACGAGUACGCGCACUGACGAGCUGGGCAUCAAAUGGAUCGGCGACGGCCACUAUAUUAACACAGGGCAAACAUCGAAGGUCCAGGUUAACAAUUCAUACUACCAAGAAGACACGACGCUCCGAUACUUUCCCUUCCAAAAGAAGAACUGCUACGUGAUACCAGGCGUAGCCAGGCGGAGGAAGCACAUGAUAAGGGCAUCCUUCUUCUAUGGCAACUACGACAACAAGUCAUGGCCACCUUCCUUCGAUCUUCAAUUUGAUGGCAACCCUUGGGUGACCGUGGAGACUUCAUCCAGCGAGUCCUACUAUUAUGAAGUAAUAUAUGCGCCCAAGAGAGGCAACAUCAGCGUCUGUGUUGCUCAGACGUCGCCCGACCAAAUACCCUUCAUCUCUGUUCUCGAAGUAAAGGAAUUUGAGCAGGGCAUGUAUGAAACGAAGGGCACGGAAGACGUCCUUCGACGGCGGAAAAGGGUAGCCUUUGGGGCGACGGACUUCGUAAGGUAUCCUGAUGACCCUUAUGAUCGUUAUUGGCAUCCAAGUGGUGACAUCGACGGUGUAGUGACUGUAGCGAGAGAUAACAUGAGCUUCAUCAAAAACUUCACGGAUAUUCCGGGACUGGCAUUAGCCCACGCCAUAACACCAGUGUCGACCAAUGCCACGACUCUGACAGUCCCAUUGUAUUUGAAAGAUGAUACAUAUUACUACAAUUUCUAUUUCUCCGAAGUGUUAGAGGCAGCUUACCAAAAUAAGAGCAGGUCUUUCGAUUUCCUUGUUGAUGGCGAAAAGCUUAACGACUACGGUUCUAUAAUCCCACCUUAUCAGUCAUAUUGGAGUAACUACAAUCACCGUGGUCGGAGACUGACUGCUGGAUCAAACAUUUCCUUGGUCAACACAGCUAAUGCAUCCCUUCCUCCAAUCCUCAAUGCCAUGGAAGUUUUUAAAUUGAUCAAGAGAGGACUUGCAAAUGGAACCAACGAAAAUGAUGUGAAGGCGUUGAAGGUGUUGCAGGGUUCAUAUAAAAAACUUCAAUCUUGGGCAGGUGAUCCAUGUCUUCCCCAAGGAUUCACUUGGGACUGGCUCAACUGCAGCACUGACGAUCCACCACGAGUGACUGAACUUCAUCUUAAUGGUUUAGGCUUAGACGGCACCCUUCGAGACUUCAGCGACCUGACUGCGCUUGAGAUAAUUGACUUGAGUAACAACAGCUUGAGUGGACAGAUCCCAGAGUUCUUGGGAACAUUUCCUCAACUGAAAGAGCUGAACCUGGCAUACAAUAAUUUCACGGGAUCCUUACCGGCAUCAUUGGCAAGCAAUAAAAAAAUAAAACUAACUAUAACAGGAAACAACAUCACCGAAGGCAAUCCAAGUCCGCCACCAACGAAUGACAAUCCAAGUCCGCCACCAACGAAUGGCGAAAGAAAUAUGAAGCCGAUCAUCGUUGGAGUACCACUGGGCUCGGUCAUUUUACUUCACAUGCUAGUUGGCUAGCUGUCGUCUCUGCACACCUUUCAAGUCAACAUCCCAAGCUAUCGCCAGCUAACGUUGCGAUCGAGAAUAAAGUAUUUAAGUUAUUUCAUUCCUGAAGUGGCCUCAAUAGGUUCCAUGUUAUUUGUUGACAAAUAAUAAGCUACCUUAGCUUUAUAGCUUCUUCAAGCAAGCAUAAAGGACAAGCCGCAUCCCCAUGAAAGACAGCAAAAGCAUCCUUGCUUUAUAAAUAAUACUUGCUACUAUAUAAA